AUGGAUAUAGCGAACACUGCAGGUGGAGACGAAAUGAAGGAGAUUCAAGAUGGUUUAAAAUUUGCUAAAAUAAUAACAACCGCAAUGAAACCCAUUGAUUUUGAAAGAUUUUUGGGAAUCGCUGCAACAGAAGCGAUAUCCUUUGUUUCUGCAACUUUACAAUUCCUCAGUUUGAUAUUUUCUGUAAUUGACAACAGAGAAUCACAGGAACUGUUAGCUAUAAAGCGAAUGUACAAUGAAAUGAACAGGCGUUUUGAUCUGGUUGAUAAUAGAUUAAAUGAUAUCUCGUUACAAAUUAACUGGACCAGAGUAUCAAAUCAAUAUAGUGGGAUAGAACGCCAUAUUACCUCAAUAGAUAUGCUAUUACGAAACAUUUAUGAAAAACCUUUUGCACUCAGAGAAAAUGGAAAACAAGAUUUUAUUUAUACAAUGAAAAAUACAUGCAUGCUUUGCGCAACAGAACUAUAUAAUGGAAUCAUGGGGGUCAAUAAAGGGUUUUCUGACGACAUUUUACAAGCUGCAAUGGAAACAUCGAAAAAUGAUCGUCCGAAAAUGCAAACGUUUAUGCUUGGACUUUUUAAACUUCUCGUCCAAGGAAUAACUAAUGAAUUAGCUUAUCAUAAUUUUGUCCGUGGUAAUGACGAUUAUUUGGCCUACAAAAAACAAUGGAAGGGUCGUCUCGAUAAUGUUACCGCGAAAAUGCAUAAAAUAAAUGAUGAAAUCAAAAGUAAAUAUCAUGAACAAGCAGAGAAAGAUAUUGCUUUGUAUUCCCUUAAACAUCCCAGAAAUAUUAUGUCUAACCAAAUUUUUUCUGGAAAUCUAUAUCAAUGUCUAGUUCGAAAAUAUGACUGGCGCGACUGGUUACUAGUUGUUUACAGACCAAUAUCUGGAGUGAAUAAUCAUAUCAACCACAUUUGUGAAGGAUACCGAAGAUAUGGAGUGUAUGGGAGGGACGUUUUAGUGGCAAGUGUUGAUCAAGUAAAAGAUGCAAUCAAUAUUACGGCUGCAGAUGAAAUAAUAAGUAGAAUAAUCACAACAUACACGUCUUGCGCUCAAGUAUGUUCUUCGGGAUAUAGUGGAUAUGGUGGCAGUUAUUGUACUAGCGGUAUGUAUCACAGUGAAUGUACAGCGCACAAUCUAGAUGCACAGGGUGUGUAUCUAACUAUUCCAGGAGAAACCAGAGAUUGUCGAAUUUAUGCUUCUGUCGGCGUGAUUGAUUCGUGGGUGGAUUUGUGGUAUCAUGGUCUACCUGAACGACUAGUUCACAAACGUACACCUGGCUCUAACUCGUACUCUAUUCAUUUAUUUGGGUAG